AUGGACGACACUAGUGGACAUGACUCGAACAUUUUGAUGCGGACUGAUGGCAAAUGUAAAUGUAACUGUCACACCAGCGUUAAGUUUUUAACGGUAAUUUCUGUGAUAUCGUGUGUCGUGUGUCUAAUAUGUAUGUUUACUUUACUUUUAUUUAUAAACAAUAACACUGUUCAAUCCGAACCUUCGUGGAAUGAUAAUAUUAAACUGACAGACUCUUCCAGGAACCUUGAUAACACACUAGAACCGGUGUCAGUUGCAGACGAUUUCGAUGAAAUCAAUAGAUAUGAACGGGCGCCCAAUGGCCCAAGAAAUAAAAAUAGAAAUGGAAAAGUAAAUAAGAAAAGAAGAUGCAAAUGUAAACGUGGAAAACAAGGUAAACGUGGAAAACAAGGUGCAGCUGGACCUCCAGGACCAAAAGGAGACCCAGCGGAACCACUAAUGACAGCUCACUAUGCCUCAAACUUUGAAAACAGCGAAAAGAAAGAAUUCGGAGAAGGUACAAAAUGCAUAGAGUUGUCAGGGAAAACAGUUUGUCGAAAUCGAACUAUCAUAAUGCCAAAGAAUGACAAACUCAAUGGUCUACUAAAAUUUCCAUCGACAGAUUCAAGAUACGACUUCCUGCACCCAGCCAGCUGGUAUCAAGAAAAACAUGGUCCAUUAAUGCAGCUUAAUGAGAAGGGUACUUUCAUAGUCCAGAAAACAGGAAUCUACCUAAUCUACAGUACUACUCACUACUUUGACUCUAAGCUUCUGUUAGCUCAAACAGUACAAAUUAAUGGCGAAACCAAGUUCCGGUGUUUAGAUGGUAUAGAUUUUGUUAAAAACCAAGAACCAACGUUAAACAGGCGACAUAAAACUUGCUCAGUAUCAGGUGUAACAAGGUUGAAGAAGGGUGAUAAAUUAGAGAUUCAAAAUGUAUUCCAUGAUGUCAUUAUAGAUAUCACUAAAGACAGAACAUAUUUUGGAGUGGUUCUCUUACACGAAUAA